AUGGAGAGCGAGGGUCUGGAUCACUGGAGAAGCUACUUUAAGAGUGCGAGCUCGAGCAUUUUUGAGGUGAUCGAGCAUGGAAUCAUGGUGGCGGCUAAGGAUUGUCCAGAGGAGUUCAGGCUCAAGCGAGGUAAGAUUGCGGAGAAGCUUUACUCUUGCCAAUUUGCAGGCAAUUCUGGGUGCGAUUGUGUGGAGGUUUCAAUGAAGAAUGAGGACGUCAAUGUUGAGAAAAGGGAAGGUGGAGGCGACGAGAGAGAGGUGGGUGGCAAUGGUGAUGUUCCCAAGGCUGAUUGUGGACAGAAGACUAAGGAUGACGGCAAUGUACCUGAGCAUGCAGUGAUCCAAAUGAGAAAUCGAAAUGACCCCAAAGGGAAGGCAAUGGAGGAUGAGGAUCAUGAGGUUGAUGAAGAGAAUGAAAUACUUGGGGAGGUUCUGAGAAUCAAAGAGCUUAUUACCAGCAGUCCAAAUGAGUCUGAAAGAGUGUUAUUCGAUGCUUUAAAGAGACUUCAAUUGAUGCCUAUUUCUGUCAAGAUCCUGCAGGUUGGAAAUGAAUCUACUGUCAGAGGAUGGCAACUUGUGGUAGACCAAUGGGUCUCUGCUAUGGAGGCUGUCUCUGCUGUAGAAGAUGUUUCAGGUUCAGCUGCCGACUCCAACCCUUGUGCAGUAGAUGAAAAAGAGCUCCCUUCACUCCCAUUGAAUGAUCAAGAGUUCCCUUCGCUCCCAUGGAAUGAAAAUGAGCUCCUUUUUGUCCCCAUGCGUGAAGAAGAUAUCUUCCCUACUCAAACUGCUUCAGAAGACUGUCUAGAAACAUUCUUUGAUGGCCUUGAUGAGGAUGGAAAUCCCAUAAGCACUGAGGAUGACGAAGGAGAAAGGAUGGAGCAAGAGCCUGCUGUGAAGCCAGUGGAGGUCCCCAAUAUUAAUCUCUCAACUACCAACCUGGGGCCAGGCAGACGUCUAAAACCAAGUUUAGAGACAAAGCUCAAUAAUGAAACCGAGUCUCAGCAGAAGUCUGACAAGUUUGCAAUAACAAAGCGACAGGGAACAAGUCAAUAUGAGGUAUGUAUCACUAGUAUGAACGCCUUGACGUUUCAACUCAAAAAGUCCUUAGCCAUCUAA